AUGUCAACAACGCUGGGCGCCUUCCUCGCUGGUGGCAUCGCCGCCUGCGGUGCCGUCACAGCCACACACCCUUUCGAGACGGUCAAGAUCCGGAUGCAGCUUCAGGGCGAGCUCCAGGACAAAGGCCAUCAACCACACAAGUACAGAGGACCCCUCCAGGGAGUGUCGGUCAUCGUGCGGAAUGAAGGCGUCAAGGGUAUCUACAGGGGAAUAGGGAGCGCAUACAUCUAUCAAAUCCUGCUCAACGGCUGCCGACUUGGUUUUUACGAGCCCAUGCGUGGCACCCUGACCAAGCUCGUGUUUGAUGACAGCAAGGUCCAGAGCCUGGGCGUCAACAUGAUUUGCGGUGCCGGCUCAGGUAUCAUCGGUGCCGCCAUGGGCAGCCCGUUCUUUCUCGUCAAGACAAGACUGCAGAGCUUCUCGCCAUUUCUACCCGUCGGCACCCAGCACAACUACAAGAACGCAUGGAACGGCUUCACUUCCAUCUACAAGGCCGAGGGUGGCCGUGGUCUCUACAGAGGCGUUGGCGCCGCCAUGAUCAGGACUGGCUUUGGCAGCUCUGUACAGCUCCCCACCUAUUUCUUUGCCAAGAGGAGACUGGUCCGUCACUUCGGCAUGGAGGAGGGGCCCGCUCUCCAUCUCGCCAGCAGCACCGUCAGCGGCUUUGUUGUCUGCUGCGUCAUGCAUCCUCCAGACACAAUCAUGUCUCGUCUUUACAACCAGAAUGGAAACCUGUACAAGGGCGUCUUCGACUGCCUCCUCAAGACCAUCCGGACCGAGGGCUUGUUCGCCAUUUACAAGGGCUUUGUCCCGCAUCUUGCUCGCAUCCUGCCCCAUACUAUCCUGACAUUGAGCUUGGCGGAGCAGACGAACAAGCUGGUCCGCGUUUUGGAAACCCGUAUUUUGAGCCCGGUGGCGUUGGAAAGCCCAUGA